AAAAAUCGAAAGGAACUUGCUUUGAAAGCAGCACUGGCAGCAGAUAACCAUGCCCGGCAUCAUCCACAUCACCGAUGAGCGUGCCUUGGAUGCCCUCAAGGGAGAAGCAUCUCUCCUCGUCAUCGAAUUCGGGAAGUCCUUCCACCAAACGCCGCCGAAGCUCGAGGCCCUCAGCCAUGAGUACCCCACCGUCACGUUCUGUAAGGUCGACGUCGACAAGCUGGCUCAACUCGCACAGGACCUCGACAUCGGAACGCUGCCCACAUUCCAUCUGAUCAGGGGAACCUCAGGCGAGAAGGUCGCUGAGCUGAAGGGAUCGGACGAACAGAAGCUCAGGAGGCUGAUAGAGGUGCACGCAGCCAGGCCCUCUGCUAGCACUGACAGCAUGAUCGUGCCAAUCGAAGCGCCUGUGGCCAUUGACUCCCCGCGAGCGCCGUCGGUACAUCCCAGUGAGCUGAAUGUGCCGGACAUUGUGGAUGAGGAGGGGGGCGGCGAGUGGUCCCCAGCCUCCUGCCAGUCAGCCUAUGAGCAGGGGAGGCUGGAUACGGUCAGCAUCCGCUCAGAGGACAUGAGAAACGCCAGCUUUGCCGAGCAUGAGGGGGAGAAGAUGCUCGACGCGGCUAAGGUGAGACGCCGGGAGAGAGGUGACAGACAAACAUGUGUCUGAUUCAUUUGCCUGUGUCUGUGUCUGUCUGUGUGUGUGGUCAGCUGUCGCGGCCUCCCUCGCAGGCAUCGAACAUCUCCUACUUCCCCGAGGACAAUGACUUCCACUCAAAGUACAAGAGGAUGAAGCUGCUUUUGAACGAGAAGUACGCGAGAAAUGGCCUGCCUCGAAACACCCACCACAAACAGCCACCCUUGUUCACGUGUCUUCACAUCAUGCAGGGAGCGUGAGCUCAAGACGCUGAGACAGGCUGCACGAAGGGUGGGCAGCGACAAGCAUUAAACACUUGCCCUGUCUCCAUUGUCGUUUGUGUCGCCGUGGCAAGACAGGAGCGUCAAGCCCUCUCAUCGGCUGGUGGAGUGUCCCAGUCGUUCGAUGACGUGUCGUCAAUGCCCCGGGACGGCAGCGCAAGAGGAGACCAUGCAUUCCAGCCCUCAAAGUCGAGGAGGUCAAGCAAGAUCGAAGAGGUACGUGGGGGGUCGACAGGAGAGAUGCGAACGUGUCAUUGAUGUGUCUCUGUCUCUUUGUCCGUCUGCAGGGUGUGAAGUGGUUGGGGAGUAAGCUGAGCAGCAGCACGAUCAUGAUCCAAACACUCAUCGAAAAACACAAAGACUUCCUGGUACGUACGGGCGUGGCAAGUCAUUGUGUUUGUGUCUGGUGAGGUGAUGUUGAAGUCGUCCGUGCUUUGUGUCCGUCUCAGCAACCAAUGCACCGCAUGGCCAUCCUGCUGGCAAUUUGUGGGACAGCAGUGACCGUCCCAGUCGUAUUGUAUGUGUUGCGGGAGCAGUGGGCCCUCGGGUAGCAUAAUAGACACGGUAACAGAGCACUUGCUUCUGCCGACAGAUGAUCCAUUAUCCGUCCAUUUCGUGCGCUGUAGUGCUUGUCGUGUCUGUCUCUGCAUGUGCAUGAAGACGCGCCUCAUCCCACUGGCAGCCCUAUCUGUGUAUCAUGGUCCGUUUUGUGUG